UGUAAAACAGAACAUUAACUUGUAUCAGUUGUAAAGGGAACUGAACACAACGCGACUGAUCGGUCAGUUAGGAAGGUUUAGUUCCCAACUUUCAAAUGACCGGUUUUGUAAGAAAAUAGAACAUUUUGUAUUACCAUACUUGUUUAUAUUCAUAUGUAUGUAACUGCUUCCAUAUCAAAUGACCAAAUAUUGAUUGUGAUGUAUAAACCUUGUCUUGCAAUAAAUAUUUCAUAUUCAAAAUGUUUUGCUUCAUUUGUUGUUUUCCCUGUUUCAAAGUCUUUAAGUCUUGUCUCGAGAAGAGGAAUAAAAUAUUAAAAUGAAAUCGAUACUUUUAAAGUGAACAUUUAGCCAUUUUCACAUAUCUAUUGUCAUUUCUCUUGAAGACUUUGUAACAUUCGCGUCUUGUCAACAUUAGGUACAAAGUAUUCGGAGUGUCAUUAUGGUCAUUAUGAACUCCAUCAGAAUGUGCUCGUUUGGCUCUGUUUUCAUAUGGCUAUUUCUGGCCUCGGAAGCGUAUGUUAUUGACGACGAGAAACCCUAUGGGAGUCUUCGUUUUGCCAAUGACCCGACUAGAGAGGAUGAUGAGAUAAAUGACCCGACUAGAGAGGAUGAUGAGAUAAAUGAACCGACUAGAGAGGAUGAUGAGAUAAAUGACCCGACUAGAGAGGAUGAAGAGAUAUCCAUUUCGAAGGAAGAACCGACUGAAUACUUUUUGGUUAUACAAACGACGAGAGACGGAAAGACGGAGACUAUCAACUUUUCCUAUACGUAUACAGACGAGAAACAACAGGACUCCCUAGAAGAUUUAAUGGAAGAAUUGAUACAUGAAAUACAGCUGGGGAAAGUAGAUCUUGGUCGCAAUGAAAAAGGUCUUCAUGUGGAGGAACUAGAAUAUGAUGCUGAAAAAUUGCUUCACACACUUAACAUUGGGGGAAAAGCACAUGAUUCGGAGAAAAUGCUUCGCAGUGUAGUAAACGGAUAUGAUUCAGGGAAAACAUUGUACGAUGGGGGAAACGGACACGAGUCGAGGGAAAUGCGACGCAGUGAGGGAAACGGACACGAUUCCGGGGAAAUGCUUCGCAGUGGGGGAAACGGACACGAAUCGAGGGAAAUGCUUCGCAGUGAGGGAAACGGACACGAUUCCGGGGAAAUGCUUCGCAGUAGGGGUAACGGACACGAUUCGAGCGAAAUGCUUCGCAGUGAAGGAAACGGACACGAUUCGUGGGAAAUGCUUCGCAGUGAGGGAAACGGACACGAUUCGGAGGACAUGCUUCGUAGUGGGGGAAACGGUUACGAUUCCGGGGAAAUGCUUCGCAGUGGCGGAAAAGGACACGAUUCCGAAGAAAUGCUUCGCAGUGAGGGAAACGGACACGAUUCGGGGGAAAUGCUCCACAGUGAGGGAAACGGACACGAUUCGGGGGAAAUGCCUCGCAGUGGGGGGAACGGACAUGAUUCCGGGGACAUGCUUCGCAGUGGGGGAAACGGACACGAUUCCGGGGAAAUGCUUCGAAGUUGGGGAAACGGAAUUGAUACGGAAACAGUGCUUCACAGGGAGAAAAGAGAGUCUGAUGGAAAACGUCUCUACCAUGGACGUUCCAGAAAAUGUAAUAUGGAAUGGAAACGUGCACGGAAAGCUCUAGAAUCUUGUGGGGUCGAACUGAAAACGAAAUCAACCAGAAAUGAAGCAAAGGAACGUGCUGAAAAGGAAGGAGACGACCAUGAUGCUGGAAUAUGGGCUGGCAAGGAUGAAAAAACCAAGACAGAUGAACAUGGAACAGGUCCGAAAGAAGAACAAGAAAACGAAGAUGAGAAACCUACACAACUUACUAAAGAGAGGAAUGAAAUGUAGGGUGGUCGAAGGUUCGCGAGGAUAGGGUUCUGCAACAGCAGUAAAACGGUAAAACAAACUUGAUAAGGAAAAAUCUAUUCUUAAUUAGAAAAAAAAUCUGUGGACAAUUUGAUGUGAAAAAAUAUAAGAACUUCUUUUCAUAAAAUGUAUUUUCUUUCUUCCAUUUAUUUGUCAUUUCUUUUUGUCUCUAUAUUUUAUGUCUAUAUUGCAAACUUCAAGAAAAUACCAUGGUUAUUCAUUUUGAAUCUCUAUAAAAAAAAUCAAAAUAAGGUUAUAAAACACACAUUUGCAGCACAUUUUGUAUCUUCAAAAAUGAAAUGAUAUUUCGUAUUCAAAUUUCGUAUUUCCAAAACACUUAGAAAUGUCAUUUGGUGGAAGUUUCAAUUUAGCUGCAGUUUAGUUUCAGUUAAAUGUACCUUAAAACAACGUUUUUCAUAUUUCUAAAUUUCAUUUUAUUGUAGAAGGUUACAAAAUUCAUAAUGGUUCUGGAAAAGUGUAAUUUUAUUUGUCUAGAUUUUGAAAUAUAACUUAAGCAGUUUUCACAGCAUUAAAAUAAAUAAUAGGAAGCAACGUGUUUGUAUUUUAUCUUUAUAUUUCACCGACUAUUUUACUUCAGUUAUACAACAUUUUGAUUAUUAGACAUUUACAUGAUUCCAUUCACCACUUCAUCCAUCUCAUUUCUUAAAGCGGCAUGCCUCCAGAUUUGGCUAAAAAAUAACCUUUCUAUCAAAUUGAAGUUUGGUCAUAUUAUGAACCAUAGAAUAUGAAUUUUUGUUUCUAAAAUAUUUCAAAAGUUCCAAAUCAAGAACAAAAAGAUGACUGCGUCGGGAAUCGAACUCAGGACCUCCGCGGCUAUAAAGACAUUUUCCCGUCGUCGUAACCAAUAGCUCUAUAGCUGAAGUAGUGAAUAAUGGUUUUUAAAUACAGAUAUUUAUAAUCGAGACAGUUUACCUGGAGUAAAAGCGUGACAAACGCGUUUCGAUUUUCAUCGUAAAAAGCAGUAAAAACAGCAAAUUCUCAUGUGUUUUCGUAACAUAAAGUUUGUCAGUAAUUAAGUUUUAAUGCCUUCUUAAGAAAUAUAGCAUUUAUUUCAAGAUAUCUAUUUUUUGUUGUUGUUGUUGUUGUCGAACGAUCUGGAGGCAUGCCGCUUUAAGGCAUUUUGCUUUAAUGCUUUAAAAGAUAAUAUGUACUAAUUGUUUGAACUGACGUACAUAUACUCAUAAAAUGGUAGAUUAUUAUACUUGACUCAGUCGGGUCUUAUUUACUGCGUGCAUCCUUCGGCGAACUCAUACUCUUUAGAAAAUUGCAAAACGCCUUAACGAAAAACCUAAACUGUUUUAAAAAUAAGUUCAUUGCUGAGUCUAGCGUAUGGUUCCCUGCUACAAAAUGAAAAAAAAAAUGAGACAGCAACAAAAAUGAAUGAAUGUUGUAAAGCUAUCGGUCUGCCUUAAUUAUGUUCUUUCAAUGUAAUUAGGUAGAGUUCGCCUGUUCUAGUGGACAGGAUAAAUGUCGAAAAGAUAGACAAAGGGAGGCAACACAAAAUAAGGUAAAAUAUUGUACCAUUGAAAUAUAUUUAUAUUAACUAGCAGCAAAGUUAUGUUUUGAAGCUGAUUAUCUUAUAAGUAGGACAGGAAUAAAAGAAGUGACAGACCUACAUUCACUCAUAGAGCCUUGAUGACGAGAACCAUUUCUUAUAUAUAUAGUCGGUACGAGUGAACUUUGAAAAUGAACAACGAAAUGUGAUUUAAAUGGGAUAAGCCUGUGACUGUAUUAUUAUAAUAUGUUUAAGAAUUAUUAUUGAAAUAUAUUAAUUAUAGCAUAUUGUAUGAAAUAUAACUACAGUGAUACAUGAAAUAAAGCUUGAAAUAAAAUGCUAAAAUGCAUAGAAUCAAGAUAAAAAGGCAAUGACGUUCAAGCGGAGUCAUGAUAAAUACGUAUGUACUAGACAAUGCAAGGAGAAUGCAGUGUUGGGCUCCGACAACAACGAAUCCGAGGCUAAUUCCACAACGAAUUUUCCAGCGUGAUGAUGAUGACUGAUAGAAUCUAUUUAUUUGGGAAAACAGUUUGAAUCCGAUGCAAGUGCAGGAGAAUACAUCUUUAUAAGAAUGAAAAUGUGUUUGUCAUAAGUGAUAUUUAUAUUUUUGUAUUGUAUAUUAUCUGUAUGGCAUAUAUACUGACCUACAAGUACAUUUCUUUUUC